AUGGGUGCAAAACUGUCAACUGCAGAUAUUCAAAGUGAUGAAGCUGCAUUAAAAGGUAGACUUGAAGCCUGGUUUAGUCUUAUGAAGGAAAAACGACUAGAGGACGUCGUAAAUCUUUACACAACAGAUUGUGUCAUUCUACCUCCCAAACAGCCAAUACACAAGGGACACGAAGAUGGCAGGAGAGUGUUUAGACAGUUCAUUGAAGCAGGGGUCACGUGUCUACAUACGGGUUACGUUACAUUAGAUAUACACGGGAACAUCGCAAUCACAGUCUCCACAUACAGCAUUCAAGACGGAGAAGAGAAAGAGAUUGAAACUGGAAGCGUUUUGAAUACUUGGAAGAAACUUGACGAUGGUCUUUGGUACAUGUUCAGAGGGACGUGGGGACCAUCAUCAUGA